ACUUCAGUGAUGAUUCCUAUGAUAAAACAGUGAGAAGAAAAGGAAAUAAGACAGAGAAAGUAAUGAUUGAGCCCCAAAAAUAUCACAAAAUAGACUUGCCAGGCAGACAAUAUGUUGAGUCAGAUUUGCCUGUAGUACAAUAUGAUAAGUCAGAUUUGCCAGAACUACCUAAUAUUUUACCUUUGUAUAAUGUUAAAAAAUAUGUAAAUCUUAAAAAGAAAACAUCUUUUCCAGUACAAAUUCGACUCAACGGGGUUGUAAGAACAUAUGAAGAAUGCUUUUAUAAGUUUCCUCCAGGAGUUGGAAUUCCUCCUGAAGAGAUCGAAGAAAUUCCUGAUGAAUAUGACCAUUGGAAACGUGCAUGGAAAGUCCUUCCAGAUAAAAAAUUUACAGAAGAAGAAAUAAAAGAAGAAAUAGAGAAUAAAAUAGAUAAGAUAUGUGAUUAUUUUCAUAGAUAUUAUACUGGAAAUCUAACAAGCAAGGAGUUGAAACCAAAGCGACCCAGAAAUUUUUUUGAAGUGUAUCUACCUACUCCGGACCAAGUAGAGUUUCUAAAAAAAUUGCGCAUCAAAGUAAAUUGGAAACUUGGUUUAGUUCAUAGAUACUGUUAUGAAUUUAUAUACGGGACAUCUGCAUGCAGAGCAAUGGCUGCACAUGGAAUAGAAUGGAGGAAAAGCACUGGAUUGUCUAGAGCUGAAAAAGAAGUUGUAUUGAGUAACUGGAUUCACUUUCAAAAGGUGAGUUUAACUAUUUUUAACUAGCUUAAUUGGAAACUU